CGGCUGCCGCUGCCUGACGGGCUUCGGCCCCCUAGCUCGCCGCGACCCUUCCGCGAGCGCAAGCCCGAGCCAUGCUGCUCCUGGCCGUCGCCUUCAUCGUGGCCUUCGUCCUCCUCCUCUACAUGGUGUCGCCGCUCAUCAGCCCCAAGCCCCUCAAGCUGACCGGCGCUCACGUCGUGGUAACUGGAGGCUCCAGUGGAAUUGGAAAAAGUAUUGCUAUUGAAUGUUAUAAGCAAGGUGCUUUCAUAACACUAAUUGCAAGGGAUGAGAACAAGCUGUUGCAGACAAAGAAGGAAAUAGAAAAGUAUUGUGUUAAUGACAAGCAGGUUGUACUGUGUAUUUCUGUUGAUAUAUCUAAAGACUACGAACAGGUGGAGAAUGUUCUAAAACAGGCUCAGGAGAAGCUGGGGCCAGUUGACAUGCUUGUAAACUGUGCAGGAACAUCAGUUACAGGAAAAUUUGAGGAUAUUGAAGUGAAUGCUUUUGAAAGAUUAAUGGCAGUCAAUUAUCUGGGUAGUGUUUACCCGAGUCGAGCAGUAAUCGCUACCAUGAAGGAACGAAGAAUGGGAAGGAUUGUGUUUGUAUCAUCUCAGGCUGGACAAUUAGGUCUAUUUGGUUAUACAGCUUAUUCUCCAACAAAGUUUGCUCUUCGAGGGUUGGCUGAAGCGCUGCAAAUGGAGGUAAAACCUUAUAAUAUCUACGUAACGGUGGCCUUUCCUCCAGAUACUGACACACCUGGCUUUGCAGAAGAAAGUAAAACAAAGCCCUUAGAGACGAAGCUAAUUUCUGAAACCUCAUCUGUUUGCCAAGCAGAACAAGUCGCCAGAGUUAUAGUCAAAGAUGCCAUAGAGAACGUACAAGAGAGAGGGAAAGAGAGGAAGAAAGGUAGAGAGAUAGAGAUAGAGGGAAGAUCCGGAUCACCACCCUGGGUUUCAGCAACGUCUCUGGUCCAGUCCCUUCGGAUGCAAGGGAACUUUAACAGCUCAGUUGGAUCAGAUGGUUACAUGCUAUCAAUAGUGACAAGUGGAAUGUCACCAGUCACUUCUAUUACUGAAGGUCUUCAGCAGGUUGUUUGCAUGGGCAUUUUUCGCAUCAUUGGCCUAUUUUACCUAGGAAGUUUUGACAGCAUAAUUCGUCGCUGCAUGAUGCAAAGGGAAAAAUCUGAAAGUGCAGAUAAAACUGAGUAAUCUUUACUCUGAAUUGAAAGAAGAACGUCAAACAGUCUUGGACAGCUUGCUGCUUAAGUGGGACUCAGUUUUUCUCCUGAAGGAUUUAGACUGGAAGUACUUGCAUGUGUGACAGAUGAGUCCCCUCAAAAGCUAUGAAAGAAAACAGAAGUACAACUCCAGAAAAUGUCAAACUAUGCAAAAGUGUGAAUGAGGAUUAGAUUUUUUUUUUUUUUGUGAUUUGAGUUGGAGAGAAUUUGGGGAACUUGUAAGUGAUCUGCAGACUAGAAUUUGAGAAUAGACUAUGUGCGGUAAUUCUGGACAAAUGCUUAAGUUUUCUCACUUUGGUGCUUAUGGACAAAAUAGAUACCAUGACAGACUGGACUGAAGUCGACUGAAGUCCCCUGAACAAGUUGGUAUCUUUUGCUAAUGUUUUGGGGCUGUUUUUAAUUUAGAAUGUUAACUUUUCCUUUGGCCAAUCUACAGAUCCUUCUGAAAAUGACAGCUUUCCUUAUUCUAUCCAACAUGCAACUGUGGAAACCUCAAGAUGGCAGAUACUUUUGUGUGAUCGAAGCUUUCUCAGUCUGGGAGUAAUUAAAAAGUAUGGUUUAAUAUAGGCAUACUUUCUAAAGGGAGAUGAAGAACCCGUUCCCACAAAGAAAUGCUAGGAGAUGUGAUUGGGUCUGUAGCUAUUCCGGCCUUUGAAGUAUGUUGUGAACAAAAAAAAAAAUCAAACCAGUAUCAAGUGUGUUGAUUAUGACUUUCAGCAUUUUAAGCCAUUGAAAUAAUGUACAAUUUUUACAGAUACUUACUUUUCCUUAUCUGCCGGUUUUUGCUCGGGAAAGGAAAGUAGCUUAAUGCUACUGUUAUGCACAUUAUUUUUCAAAGCUGCAAAUGAUGAGCCAAAGCACUAGUUGAUGAUAGAAUCAAUAGUAAAUAAAAUGCCAGGCUCUUCCAGUAGCAGGAAUGUAGCUUUUUGGG